AUAAUGGCGUAAGAAGAAAGGAAAGGUGGUGAGCUAUAGAGAGCUCUAUAUAUUGGAGUGGUAGUGGGGAGAGAUUGCAGAGAGAUGGAUGACUACUGAGAAAAAAGAUCAGAAGACAAAGGAAAACCAAAAAGACACAAAAGGCAAAGCUCAGGCUGAAGGCAAAUGGAUUGAAAAAGCACAAAGCACAGAUUUUUUAUCAAGAAUUCACAGCGAGAGAGAUCAGAGAGAUGAAGAUUAAGACUGAUCAAAUUCCAAACAUGUAUCCAUUUUUUUGAUCCUCUAGCUUGUUCAUAAAAAAGAAACUUUUUUUUUCUUUCUUUUGAGUGAUAUGCGUGGGGAGGAUCAAGAAGAGGAACAUCAACAGCAGCAUCAGCAAGGAGAGUGCUCACAAACAAUAGAGAAUAUGUUUCAAGAACAGCUUCUUCUCCAACAUCAGCUCCAAAACAAUACCAACGAUAAUAUUAUAUAUGGAGAUCAUCAUCAGCAUCAUCUUCAUCAUGGAGUACUUGGAGGUGGUGGAAGAGGGUUGAUUUUCCCGGCAGAAGUAAUCUCGCCGGUUCUCCACCCGCCGUGGCCGCCGCUCCCGGUCCGACAGCACAACCCAUUUCUGUUUGGUUACGACGGUCCAUCGGCGGCGGACCACCUGGGGCGGAUCAUAUCGAGCACGCUUGGACCGGUGGGUUCGGGAGCUCCGUUUGGGCUACAAGCGGAGCUUGGGAAGAUGAGUGCUCAAGAAAUUAUGGAUGCUAAAGCUCUUGCAGCUUCUAAAAGCCAUAGUGAAGCUGAGCGGAGAAGAAGAGAAAGAAUCAAUAACCAUCUGGCUAAGCUCCGUAGUUUGCUUCCAAGUACCACUAAAACGGACAAAGCUUCAUUACUAGCAGAAGUAAUACAGCACGUGAAGGAGCUAAAGCGCCAAACGUGUGCAAUAGCGGAAACAAGCCCAAUUCCCAGCGAAGCCGACGAGCUAACUGUCGACGACGCCUCCGAUGAGAGCGGUGGCGGCAAGUUCGUAAUAAAGGCCUCUCUUUGCUGCGACGACCGCUCCGACCUCCUCCCCGACCUCAUCAAAACACUCAAAUCUCUGCGUUUACGGACGCUAAAAGCUGAGAUCACCACCCUCGGCGGUCGCGUUAGAAAUGUCUUGUUCGUCACCAGAGACGACGAGGACAGCAGCAGCAACAAUAGCAUAAGCUCUAUUCAAGAAGCACUCAAGGCUGUCAUGGAGAAGCCCGGAGGAGGGGAUGAUUCUUCUUCCGGGAAUAUUAAAAGACAAAGGACAAAUAACAACAUCAAUAUCCUUUAAUUUCAUUACUUAUUUAUGACUACUACUUUUGAGUUAUGAUCAUUCCCAUUUGAUUUGUUUUGUUUUGUUUUCUUUACUCUUUUUGUGGGUUUUUGUUUGCUUUUUAUUGGGGGAUCUUUUUCGUGGGGAGAGAAACAUGAGAUGCGAGCCAAAAACAAUACGAGCUGAUAUUUUUUGCAUUAUAUUGUCUUUGACCUUUUUGAGGCUGCCCAUGAAAUGAGAUCUUGUCUUUUAUGUUGUGUUUUAA